AUGGAAUCGGAUGAUGAUUUCAUGACCGAUGUGUCUAGCCAUGAGGAGGAUGGUAUGGGCACACAGGGCAGUGACGAGGAGAGCAUUGGUGAAGGUACGUUGUGGCUGUCAGAUGACUUUGGUGGAGUGGUGAUUACUGAUACGUCGCUUGCUUCAGAGGAUUUUGGCGAUGACUUCGAUACCGGAUUCUCCAAUGACAAGGAUAUCGUGAAGAAAACCAAGAAGCCAUAUGAGGUCGACUUCAAGGUCCUGAGCCCCGCAGACAUCGAACGGGAGCAAAACCAGCAGAUCAACGAAGUCUCGCAAAUCUUGGGUCUCCCGCCAGAGUCGACUGCGAUACUGUUGCGCUUUGCACGAUGGAACCGGGAGAAGUUGAUCGAGUCUUACAUGGAACACCCCGAGGAGACAUUGGAAGAGGCUGGCCUGGGACAGAACUUUGAGGGGGAACCCAAGACUGAGGUCAUUCCCGGCUUCAUGUGCUCGAUUUGCUGUGAGGAUGGAGACGACUUGGAAACGUAUGCGAUGCGGUGCGGUCACCGUUUCUGCGUCGACUGUUUCAGGCAGUACCUUGCACAGAAGAUCAAGGAGGAGGGUGAAGCAGCCAGGAUACAGUGCCCGCAGGACAACUGUCACCGUAUCGUGGAUUCCAAGUCUCUGAACUUGCUCGUUACGGAUGAUCUCAAGGAACGAUACCAAACGCUCCUUACUCGGACCUACGUUGAUGACAAGGAAAACCUGAAGUGGUGUCCCGCCCCGAACUGCGAGUAUGCAAUCGACUGUCCGGUGAAACCUAGGGAGCUGAACAGAACGGUGCCCACAGUACAAUGCGCAUGCAGUCACAGCUUCUGUUUUGGCUGUUCUCUGGCUGACCACCAGCCGCCACCUUGCUCUCUGGUCAAGAUGUGGUUGAAGAAAUGUGAAGACGACUCAGAGACAGCGAACUGGAUUGCUGCCAACACCAAGGAGUGUCCGAAGUGCCAUUCCACCAUCGAGAAAAACGGUGGGUGCAACCACAUGACAUGCCGAAAGUGCAAGCACGAAUUCUGCUGGAUGUGCAUGGGACUCUGGUCCGAGCAUGGCACAAGCUGGUAUAACUGCAAUCGGUAUGAAGAGAAAUCCGGCGCGGAGGCUCGGGACGCUCAAGCCCGGUCCCGAGCAUCCUUAGAACGGUACCUGCACUACUACAAUCGAUAUGCGAACCACGAGCAGUCUGCGAAGCUCGAUAAGGAUCUGUAUCUCAAAACGGAGAAGAAGAUGACGAGUCUGCAGUCUCAGUCGGGCAUGUCGUGGAUUGAGGUCCAAUUCCUUAGCACCGCCUCCCAAGCUCUCCAACAAUGCCGCCAGACCUUGAAGUGGACCUAUGCCUUUGCCUAUUAUCUUGCCCGGAACAACCUGACGGAGAUCUUCGAAGACAACCAAAAGGACCUGGAGAUGGCGGUGGAAAGUUUGAGUGAGAUGUUUGAGAAGCCCAUCUCGGAGCUUGCGGAGCUCAAGGUGGAUAUCCUCGACAAGACGGCAUACUGCAACAAACGCCGUAUCAUCCUGUUGAGCGACACUGCGGAGAAUUUGAAGAAUGGGGAAUGGGAAUUCAAUGUGAAGAUAUAG